AUGAUGACAUUAUUUGCUCACAGUGAAAAUGUGGAAAAGUGGUGGGCUGCAUACAAAGAUGAUACACCGUACAAUCUUCAAGAACUUUAUAUCUUUUGUGAUGCACUGCAAGAUAUAACUUGGAUGAAUACAUAUACAGGACGUUUUAAAUCGCUAAUUAAAGACACAUUUGUCUAUGAUCGGCUCGACGACAAACUACUUCAUUAUGCUAUUGGAUUGAUCGACAAUAUAAAAUCAGAAUUUCAAGGCGAUGUACUUGAGGAAUUAAAAGUAGUUCGUAGACGUUUAUGUCGAGCCUUGUCCAAGUUCUACGAUGAAGAAUCGAGACGAUGA